AUGACAGCUAUAGCUGAAUUCGAGCAGAAAAUAGCCUCUCAAAGAUUUAGUUCGUUUCAGCAGCUGCAGGAAAAUUUGAAGGAUUUCUCGGAUACAUAUGGGUACAAAUUUGUAAAUUCGAAGUUUAGCUAUUUCCAAGAAAACACCAUUAAUCGCCAGCUCUUUGUUUACAAGUACCUCGAUUUAAAAUGCGCCUAUGCAAAGAAACGUGGUUGUAUUGCUCGUUGCAAUGUUCGUUGUCGCAAUAAUCACAUGUACGUCCGCGAUUGGUCCAUGGAGCACAACCAUCCACCAGAUCCACCGGAUACUUCUACUCUUGUUGAUUGCACCGAAUCCUUCCGACAUAUAUUCGCCGUCAGAUUAUUCGACAGUCUUCAUGAUCUCGAAGCCAGAAUACAUGAGCUAGAACGGGUAACUGGCACAAGAUUCACCAAGUACUCGUCCAGAAUGCUUCCAGAAACCAGCGAGCAUCGCGAGCGUCUGGUCUAUGAGCGAGUCAAUUAUGCUUGUAUUCAUGCUGGCAAGACAAAAUCUCGCUGUUCUGCUUAUGUUGGCGUCCGCUCACAGAAAAUAGGCUGUCAAGCACGAAUUCGGGCCUGUAUUUCUGGUGACAAGUUGAAGGUUAUGCUCUUUAGCAUGAAACACAAUCACAUCGUCUCCAAUGACUACGAAAGUCGCAUGUUACUUUCCCCCUCCAAUGACGAAUUUGCGGGUACUUCAGGUCUAGAGGAUGCUGAUGUGGACUAUGAAUUGCACCUUCCAAACUUGGAUUCCGCGUCUGAAACCCUUUUCCGUGGAGAUGACCUACCCUCCAUUCCAAUCGUCUUUAAAAAAACACGUUCCUCUCAGCAACACAGUAAUAAAGCUUUCAGGCACCUGAAGUGCAAGCGGGCUCCUUCAUAUUAUGACCAAAGAGAAGAUGACGAUUAUCAAAAUUAUGAUGAUGUUCAUAGGCGUUCUAAACGUUCCAGAGCUUCACCAUUCAACAAUCAGGGAUGUUAUGGUGGAAUCUAUGAUGAUUCAGACGAUGCGGAAGUUGAAGGCGAACCUUUUGAAAUGACUGAGAGUGAUAGGCUCGAUCUAGAGUGCAAACAUUCAAAUGAAGGGGAUAAUCAAGAGUCUCGAGUUAUGCCAGCUGCAAAUGGACCUGAUCGCUCUGUAAUCUAUUCGUUUUCCUAUCCCGUUUAUCAACUUAAAGCAAUUGCUCCAAACAUCCUAUUAACUGCCGGCGGUGGUGGUAAUCCCCGAACAGGUGUUCCCAAUCGCAUCGAUGUGAUUCAAUUUGAUCGCCCCGCUUACGCUCCUGCUAAUAUUGAUACUGAUGAAGCUCUUAUUCCCGUGAACACAUCCGUGGUUGGUGGAAUAAGCACUCAAAAUGAGGCUAUCAUGCACAUGGCCUUAGGGUCGCAAUCUUCUGGAGCAGCUUCAAUUCUUACUCUUGAAAAGUCCACAUGUCAGGAGUAUUUUAUUCAUGCUAACCACCUUGAGCCCUCAACCAUCGCAGAUCAGAUUUCAACAGAUCAAGUAUGUGCCAUCACUUCCAGUAAAUUGGCUUACCAAACACAUAAGUAUUCUAGCUCCAACUCAUCAACAGAUGAUAGUUACAAUGGAAUCACAGGUGUCAGUUCUACCACCGUUAAAAGAAAGAACAACCAUCCGAAAAAAUCUGCAGCUGAUAGUAGUGGAAAGGAACAAUUGCCGUGGAGUUGUGAAAAGUUGAGGAAUGUUAGUGUUGCUCCGACAAAGGCCCUAUUUGAACGUAGACGACUGGACAGCUGUAGCAGUACUGGAGAUGUCUAUCCAGUAAAAGAUGAGGAGGAUGAGUUGACCUGUAUUGCCUCAGGUGGACCGGUGGGUUGGGAUGGAGCUUGGUGUGCGGUGGGUACUGUACACGGAGGUGUGGCCCUCUUUGAUCGAUUUGCACUGGCUGAUAAGGCCUAUGAUCCAAAAUCACUGGCUUCUGCUUAUGGCUCCUAUGACUUUACUUUUGAUGGGGAUGUGAAGGAUACCUUUCUUCCGUUACGACCUUUCUGCACAUUGCCGGACGCAAGUGGCGGUCGUUGUGCUCCAGUCUGUGAUGUAGCUCUCUCAGCAACCACUUACGGUGCUUCCACAACCUCUUUGAAGGCUUCCGGGGGUGAGACAGCGAAGUUCCAGCAUGCCCCAACCGUCCCUCUCCUAGCUACAAUCAGUGGUCGACCUCGGGGUAGCCUCCUCUGCAUUUGGCGUCUCCCCCAGUCCUCCACGCCAGAAGCCACAAUUAUAACAGCAGAGAGACACGUCAAAUUUGGCCCCGGGGCAAGCAAUGAGGAAGCAACUGCUCUUUCCCCCAUGCUCUAUGCUGAAGUUAAAAUGGAAAAUGCUCAUGUGGAUGCUGACUCUAAGAAGCAUCCAACUCGAUCAGAAAAUGGCACCCGUUUCCGCCAUUGUGAAUUCCUUCGCUGGAUUCACCGUAGACCUACAGGUGUGACACCACUUGCAAAUGAUAAACAAGACGAAAGUGGUCUCUUCACUUUCCUUGUUACCACAGAGCAACCAGUCAGCCCCACAACUCGUUCAGUAUGCCAUCUUUCUGUGUGGUUGGUUCCCCUUCCUUCAUCCAGUACUCACACCCAGACAGUACCACAAUCAGUAUUGGGCCUUGAACGCUUUGCAGCUGUACCGCUUCCUCCCGGUGAAAUUCCUGCUUGUAUUGCCGUUCAUCCGAGUGCUCAUCGUGGAAUUAUUGCUCUUGGAACAAUGGAAGGAUCAGUUGAAGUCUACAUGAUAUCCCUAUAUGACCAUAGCUUGGUAUGUGUCUACAGCCGUCCAAAGGCUCAUCGACUCUUCGUGACAAGUUUGGCAUUCCUUCCGCCUAGAGAGCGCCAUUCGCAAAAGCGUCAAGAAGGCAGCGAAGCGAAACAUUCUCUUCUACCAGCUCACUACGAACUUGUGAGCUCCAGUGCGAAUCGGGUCAUUCGUUGGCACAAAGGUCCUUCGCUAGAAACUAUCGCUCAAAUCGGAGCUCGUGCAUAUCAACCAUCAUUUCGUUCUCGACUCUUAAAGAACAUUGUCUUCCUUCUUCUUCUCCCUUUCAUCAUUGCAUUCCCUAUUCUCAUCUCUUUUCCCCUCUUCACGGAGUGA